GUGCCAUGUUAUGCCGAACAUAACCCCUUUCAAAAGCAUGGUUACACGAGGGUUGAAUAUAGGAAGUUAAAAGCCGAAAAAACAAUAUUCCAAGAUGUAUUUGAUGUAUUACUUGGACGCAAACGGAGAUCGAGUAUACACUUUAAAAAAAGUGGAUCCUGAUGGAAAACCUACGUUAUCAGCACAUCCAGCUCGAUUUUCUGUGGAAGAUAAAUAUUCACGAGAAAGGAUUGUAAAUAAGAGAAGACAUGGUCUACUUUUGACGCAGCAACCACCACCCAGCUAUUAACAUUAAAUAUAAAAUCAAUCAAAAAAUCUUAUUUUAAAUGUAAUUAAUAAACAGUAUACAGUUAUAUACAAACAUGUAUUUGAUAUCAUGCAAACACUCAGAUAUAAUAAUCUGUAUCUACAGAGACAGAGAGGUAAUUCACCCACAACUUCCUUUUGUGAUAAUUAUGAACUGUGCAUUCGCAGAAUUAUUGUAUUCUUAUGGCAUGCAUUCUCUACUGUAACUAUAAUUUUGUAAUAAUUAUCUCUAAAAUUUUAUUAAUGUAAGUAUUAAAUAAAUGAAUUGCUUUAUAUGAUA